AUGUCAAUAUUAACAGCUGAGCGACUCGUGAAAUUGGCUUACAAGUACCCCAGCUUGCACACGACUUGGUAUCUCGUAGCUUGUGCAUGUUUGACGGUAAUUAACCAACCGGGGGAAAUACCUAAAAUUUACCAUUUUGCGUUGCGUCAACAAUUGUUGGAAUACCUGGCUGAUUCCAGCUUGUUGACCGACAAAUACAUGUUAGCGCUUGCCCAGGACUCUAUCAGCUCCAGUGCCAAGUAUGAAGAUUUGACGGCGGUUGGGGUCAAUUUGCCGGAUGUACUUAUUCCAUAUCUGUAUUAUGACAAGCUUCCAUUAGCCUACAAAUUUUCUAAAGGCGAUGAUAUCCAUGCCACCCAAAUGAACAUCAGUCUGAAGUUGCGGGAGGUGAUUUUGAAGACCAGCGCGCUUGCUGGUUUACCGAAAUCUAUCAAUGCGUUGACCAUCUUGAAGACGGUAACUCCCACUCUGAUGAGGCCUGCUGGCCAGCCGAUGCGUAGGCUCCACGUUAACCCAGGGCACGUUGCGUCUUCUCUGUUGGUGGAGGAGGAUGUAAUUGGAACCAAAUUUGAAAGCGACGACAACGAUGGUACUGGUUGCAAAGAUACCGUAGAUGGACCAAUAUCUCCAGUUUCUGUCAACUCAAAACAGAUUCACAGUGAUUUGGUGAGAGGAUCCCGGUUUUGGGAAGCUAUCUACUCGAAGAUCAGCACAAGAGUGAGACGCCAGAUGAUCAAUGCAUACCCUGAUCUUUGGUACCAUGCAUACCACAAUGUAUAUGGACCACUUCUCAGUUACACUGACGUUUUGAAUGCUAAGGAAACUUCCAUGUGUGUUGUUGCCAGUUUGAUCCCACAAGACGUCAAUCCUCAACUCAAGGGUCACUUGAAGGGAGCCAUGAAUGUAGGGGCCACCAAGGAAGAAUUGAACGAUGUUAGACAGGUGGUUUUUGACUUGUGUGAUUGGACUGGAGGAGUGAGCUGGGCUGGAGGAAAGGAGGCGGUGGCCAAGUUGUGA